AUAGAAACCUGUACCUAGGCCCUUUGGCUUUUUGGAUAGCUUACAGUAUCUCAUUAUAGCAAUGCCAUAAUUACUAUCCUGUAUUGUUAUCGGUUACGGGACAAGAUGUCCAAACACUCCUUUCACGAUGCCCAUGGAGAGAUGGCCAAUUAUUCUGCCUCCCGCCCACAAGAGGCAUCUCUCUCGCCCUCUCUUACACGCAUUUCUGCCCCACCUCUAAUGGCAGGCGGAGUUGAGACGUUUCGUCGCACAUUUGGAGAUUCGAAGCCACCUGAUAUAUCCCGUAAGGUCUCUGCAUGUGCGGCGUGCCGGAAACAGAAGAUAAAAUGUCACAUGAGAAAUUCUGAGCCUCCGUGUAUAAGAUGCCGGAAGCGUGGCUUGCCGUGUACAAUUAAUAGGAGUUUACAGAUGUUGUUGGAGAGCGAUGAGGUUUGGAAAGAUCGACUUGGCUUGAAGAUGCAGAGAAUGGAAGCAGCAAUGAAGAUGCUAGCUGAGAAACUCGCCAUGCCUGAGCUUCUUCUAUUUGUUGAAGAUGAAAAUGGAGAUCUAAUAGAUCAAGAAACUACUGGCGAUGACAGAGGAGGAAUUAGUGCACCAAUCAAUUUCGUCAAUAUUGGGAACAAGUCGAAGAAUGGGCUAGCUGCUAAAUCCCCAGAUAUCACUCCAGCAUCAGUACCAGCUUCAUGCUUGCCGGAAAUUACGGAACGAUCUUCUACAGGUAUCCUCACCGCAGAUACUGGGACAGAAAUGGACUUGGUUACUCGUGGUAUAGUUUCGAUUCGAGAAGCUGACGAUCUCUUCAACAUGUACCACGAUCAACUAGAUCACUACGUAUAUCGGAUUAUUCCUAACCACAGCACUCUUGCGAGCGUGAGGAAGGGAUCGCCUCUAUUGACAGCUGCGAUAUGCACUGUCAGUUCAUUACAUCAUCGUCCAUUGCGCCCGCUCUUUAAUUGUUGUUAUAAAGAAUUCGUUCGUUUGUGUGCUAUAAAUGCGUUCUCAAGAAAGAAUACGUUGGACGAUAUACGAGCUCUUUGCAUUGGCGCGUUUUGGCUUGAUGAAGUAUCGUGGAUUCUUGUUGGGAUGGCCGUGCGAAUUGCAGCAGAGAAGCAACUCCACCGUGCAUUCAUGCAUAUUACAGAAAAUGAUCCCACCUACUACCUCCAAGCCCGCCUUUACUAUCUCGUAUAUGUCUGCGACCACCACUUCUCGAUCCCUUAUGGCCGUACUCCCAUGACAGGAGAAUACGAAGCUAUUCACUCUACCUCAAGCCUCCUUGGUUUCGCAGAUGCUACCGAAGACGACGCAAGACUCAUUAGUCAAGUAGAUUUAUGGUCGACUGCGAGCCGCAUCUUCUUGACCUUUGGCACUAACAUCUCUCUACCUAUUCCAACGAACACGAUAAGUCAGCUCCGGCGAUUCAAUAUCACCCUUGAUACCUGGCGUGCGGAUUGGAAUGAGAGAUUUGUGCAUAAUAAUCAUGUCGGAAACUAUCCGCGUAAAGGCGUAGGACUCCAUUACCAUUUCUUAAAAUUGUAUCUUUGCUCACAUGCCUUCCGUGGCGUGCGGAAAGCACCCAACACACUCCAAGCACUAUCUCCGGAGCUGAGGGAGAUUGCCGAAAUGGCUGUAGCAUCGGCAACGUAUAUUCUACGGACAGUCAAUGCUGACGUGGAGUGGCAAGGCUACCUAAACGGGCUGCCACUAUAUUUCGAUACAAUGAUCGCCUUCGCAGCCGUAUUUCUUAUCAAGACGGCAACUGAGUACAGCGGUACUGUAAAGGUUGAUACUGCGGAGUUGCUAGCUUUGGUAGAGGAAAACAUGCUUGUUUUGCAAGAAGUCGGUAGGGGAAUGUCAGAGAACCAUCUUGUAGCAAGGAUCGGCGAGGCUAUUAAAUUGCUGAUUGAGCGCCUUAAAACGGCCGGAGAAAUGUCUCUGGGCGAGGACAAAGCACCUGAUGGCGGGGUAGGAGAUACUGCGGUGCAAGCGCUUUAUAUGCAGGAUUGUGCAAUGGCCGAUGAGUUUGACUGGGUAAAUGGCACAUUUACUGGUUCGGCACUGCAGGGUUACGAUUUAUUAUCACCGCACAACAUGCCCUCUGGAUUUGAAGACUGGACAUUUGGGGUUGGAGACCAAGGAAGUGGAGUUCCCAGAUAGAAAUAGCCAGAUUUUAUAAGUCUAUAAUGACGUUAAUAAGAG